AUGGAAUGGAAGAAAUGUUAUUUAGAUGUUAUACUUGUGCCAAUGGGGUUCUUAAUAUGCAUGGGGUAUCAUCUAUGGCUAUGGCAUAAGGUUCGAACACAGCCAUUCUCAACCAUCAUUGGAACUAAUGCCAGUGGUCGUCGGUUUUGGGUUUCUGCUAUGAUGAAGGACAACGACAAGAAAAACAUUUUGGCUGUCCAAACACUGCGAAAUACGAUCAUGGGCGCAACUCUCAUGGCCACCACAUCGAUCCUUCUCUGCUCGGGAUUAGCAGCCGUCAUAAGUAGUACUUACAGCGUUAAGAAGCCACUCAAUGACUCCGUUUAUGGGGCGCACGGAGAAUUCAUGGUAGCGCUAAAAUAUGUUACUCUCCUCUUCAUUUUCCUCUUCUCGUUCCUAUGUCACUCCCUCUCGAUCAGGUUCAUCGGCCAGGUGAAUUUCCUCAUCAACUGUCCUCAAGAAAACUCGUCCAUCGUCACUCCAGGAUAUGUGUCAGGGCUUCUCGAGAAAGGGUUUAUGCUCAACACGAUAGGAAAUAGAUUGUUCUAUGCAGCACUCCCUCUUGUGCUGUGGAUUUUUGGUCCUGUCCUGGUUUUCUUCUGUUCUAUCACAUUGGUUCCUAUCCUUUACAACCUGGACUUUGUUUUUGCUAGUGAAAAACUAAAGAUGAGAUCUGAGAAUACAAAUGAUAAUGGCUUUUUAUCAGUGUAA